UCGACUUCUCAAAUUUCUUGUCAUUUCUUGAAAAGUAUUUUGUCAUUUUUUCCCAAACCUUUUUUACCUGCAUAUAUUUAUAUUAUCACGUGGAUGUGGAAAAUCCCAUGUCUUUUAGUUCUCGCAUCAAUUUUACAACAAACAGAAGUUUCCCGAAGGAGAUUUUCAAAAUACAAUGCCUAUUACUUAUUCGAAGAAAGGAAAGGAAGAAGAUUCAUAGAGAUAAUAAACGAAGCGUCGGCCAAAGAUGAAAACAAACUACAAAUAGCCGAAUGGAAUUACGCGUCGAAUCUGACCGACGAAAACUUGAAGAAAAAAUUAUGUGUUAUUGCCGAGGUUGCGGAUAGAACCAAAAGGAGAUGGACGAAAUUGAUGAGGAUCAGAUGGAAGACCUUCUGGGACAUAGAUCUGAAAAGGCAAUUCAAGUUAUAUUCAGUGCUUGGCGCUUUCGCUCUACCGAAACCUUGUCUAUCCAAAUACAACGAAAUCGUAGGAAAAAUGGAAAAGAUUUAUUCCACCAACACCAUCUGCGACUACCAGGACCCAUCGCACUGCAAUCUGACUCUGGAGAACGAAAUAGUCGAGAUCUUGAGGACGUCUAGGAACGAGCCAGAACUACGACACGUGUGGGUGAGCUGGAGGAAUGGCAUAGGACCGAAAGUGAAGAACUUAUACGCGCAGUAUGUACGUUUGGCGAACAAAGCAGCCCAUUUGAAUAAUUUCGAUAACAAUGCGGAGAUGUGGUUAGAUAGAUAUGAGGAUAGGAACAUCAAAGGGAAAUUUCAGAUGUUGUGGAACGUUAUUAAGCCGCUAUACCUACAAAUUCACGCCUACACUCGGUUCCAUCUGAAGCGAAUUUACGGCGAGGCAGUGGACGAGAAGGGGGCAAUACCUGCGCAUUUGCUCGGCAACAUGUGGGCCCAGUCCUGGGAGAAUAUCGCCAGAGAUAUCCUGCCAUAUCCGGAAAAACCGGUCGAAGAUAUUACGGAGAAAUUACUCGAACAAGAUUACACACCCCUUCGAAUGUUCAAGACUGCAGAGAACUUUUUCAUCUCGAUUAAUAUGUCCGCAAUGCCCGAUCUUUUCUGGAAGAAUUCCAUAAUAGAGAAACCUCCGGAUCGCGAUAUAAUAUGCCACGGCUCGGCUUGGGAUUUCGCGAACGGCAAAGAUUUCCGAAUAAAGAUGUGGGCCAGGGUAACGGAGGAGAAUUUCAUAGUUGUGCAUCACGAGAUGGGACACGUGGAAUACUACAUCCAAUAUAGGAAUCAACCGUUUCCAUUUAGAUCGGGAGCGAAUCCUGGAUUUCACGAGGCAAUAGGAGACCUGAUAGCUUUAUCCGUCAAGUCCCCCACGCAUCUGCAUAAAUUAAAUCUUUCGCGCGUGGACUUGGACGAUUCGGAAGACAUUUUGAACAAUUUGUUUCUGAUGGGAAUGGCGAAAAUUGUGCUGCUACCGUUCGCCUACAUCGUGGACCAAUGGAGAUGGGACGUUUUCGCCGGUAGAGUCACGCCAGAUUGUUACAACAAGAGAUGGUGGGAGCUUCGCAGGGAGAUUCAGGGUGUCUCUCCGCCGGUCCAUCGGUCCGAAUGCGAUUUUGAUCCCGCUGCCAAGUAUCACGUGAUGGCAGAUACGCCAUACAUAAGGUAUUUCGUCAGUUUUGUCAUCCAGUUCCAAUUUCAUAAAGCCCUUUGCGAAGCUGCUGGUGAGUACAGACCGGGAGACCCCUUGAAACCUUUGCAUAUGUGCGACAUAUAUCAAAAACCGGCGGCUGGAAAUCUUCUGAAAAGAAUGUUGCAGAUGGGCGCCUCUAGGCCAUGGCCGGAAGCGAUGGAGAUUCUCACGGGACAGAAAGAUAUGGAUGCGAGCGCGCUGUUGGAGUAUUUCAGACCUCUUUAUAUAUGGUUGGAAAGACACAAUAUAGAUAAUUGUGCUUUUGUUGGGUGGUGAAGAAGAAAUUCCAACAGGGAAGUAGAAAUUCAUUUCCAUCAGCUCCCAAUAGCAUGGGACUGUAGAUUUUUAUUCUUAAUUCUAAGCCUCAUUUAUUGCACCUGUUUGUUCAAUACUGAUUAUGAAUUAAUAAAGAAUUUAUGUAUAA